GCGCCCUGGGGCCGGCCGUGCGGCGGCCGUGCGGCGGGGAGAGUGUCGCGCAGGCGGCGCGAUGUGGCGGGGCGCGGCCGCGGCGCUGCUGGGCCUGGCCGCCGCCUGCCUGCUGCGCCGCGGGUUCGAGCCCCGCGCCCGCCUGCUCAGCGCCGCCGAGCUGCGCCGCUACCGCGGGGCGCCGGGCGAGCCCGGGCUCUACCUCGCCCUGCUCGGACGGGUCUUCGAUGUGGAGCGGGGCCGCAAGCACUAUGGGCCCGGCGGCGCGUACAGCGGGUUCGCAGGCAGAGAUGCCACCCGAGCGUUUGCCAGCGGCGACUUCAGCGCGGCGGGGCUGGUGGACACGGUGUCGGGGCUGUCCCCCGCAGAGCUGCUCUCCAUCCACAGCUGGCUGAGCUUCUACAGCAACAACUACGAGCCCGUGGGGAAGCUGGUGGGCAGAUUCUAUGAUGAAAAUGGGGCACCGACAGCAGCCCUGAGGGAGGUGGAGGCUGCCAUUGAGGAAGCUCUCAAACUGCAAGCAGAAAGUGACCAGAAGAAGCAGCAGUUCCCACCCUGCAACUCUGAAUGGAGCUCUGCUAAAGGGACCCGCUUCUGGUGCUCCAGAGAGAGCGGGGGCGUGCCCCGAGCCUGGGCCGGGGUCCCGCGGCGGCUGCACCGGCCCGGCUCGCAGGGCUCUCACUGCGUGUGCGUGAGGAGCUCGGGGCCGCCCUGGGGCCAGCCUGCCUCCGCCCAGCACAGCGACAGAGGCGACCUGGAUCACCCGCAGCUGCAGCAGUACGAGGGCUGCCAUCCCCUGGCCGAGCAGUGUGUCCUCCUCACGGGCUGAGCCAGGGCAGGAGAGCCCUGCAGUGAAACCCUGCACUGUGGGCGGGCAGCUCCAGCUCCAUCCCUUCCACCCGUCCAUGCAAAGGCAGCAGUAACACUCUCAUGGUAUUUGUGAUGCUUUGUAACAUAUGGAGAUGGAGGAAACACUUCAGCCAGGUUAGUGGCUAAAAAAUUAAGUAACAAGAUGCUUUCUUUAUUUCUGUGGGAAAUAUUUUUGUAUCUGGGAACAAACUGUAAGAUGCAGAGCCUGAAUUGUGUUUGAGAACUGCUUCUUGUGCACUCAGGAACUGGAUGUUAGUGUGCUGUGGUGUAAGGCAGCGAGGUCAGUGAGCACAGGAACUGCUGCAGCCUCACUGCCACAGGUCGUGCAGUCCCCAGGUCCUGCUGAGGUCAGGCACUGCUGAUGCUCCUUCCCAGGCACCUGACUCACUCCCCAGAGUUUAAAGGUAGCAGGGAGAACCCUGAAUUUCUUCUGCAAUUAAGGUCCACAGUAUCAGGAACUAAACACAAUUUAGUUACACACAAGCUUUAUCAAAUUCUUGGAGAAGGCAAAGGCCAGAGCUGCAUUUCCUCACUCAGUGUUUGCAUUAGAUACUGUGCCCAGAUAUGGAAGCCACCGCUGAGGAUUGUUUGAUAUUAACCUCACUGUCCUGGUCUGUGAUUCACCACUUUCAAACUGUUCUGAUCAGGAAGGAGGAGUUUUAAAUAGCUUUCUUUUUGUUGCCUGGGUGGCAACAGAACCAUCCUACUGUAAUCUGCCUCCUGUUUCCAUUCUGGUAUAAGACUUCCUUCCCAUCUGGUCUGUGCUAUCAGACUAUAACCUGAGCUAGAUGUGCCCUUAAAAGACCCAGCACUCUUAAAAUCCAUAUUUACUGUGUCACAGCUGGCAGAAUUCAGCAGUGUGAGUGGCUCCCAGAAAUGCAGGGCAGGUCAUUACCCUCUCUGGGUGGGGUUAAAAGGGAGGAAACAAUACCUGCACUGCAAACCUCAGGCUGCAGUUGCUGGUUUUAGUGGAAUCUGCUGUUAAAAUCAGUUUUGGUGGAGCUGGGCUUUGAGAGAGACAUGCAGAUCAGGGUCCAGUGGUAGCACAGGUUGUGGUCAGUUCUCCUUCAGGCAGCUGCUAUCUAUGUGUAAGCAGCUGGAAAGUGUUUAUAAACUGAUUUUUACUACCACCACCUCCAAAGAGAGGCCCAAAAGCUAAGUGAUGAGUUAGUUAAUUAGUAAGUUUACAGGAAGCACCAUUCCCUCCCUUGCAGCAGGACACAUUACAGCACUUCUCCCUGAUAACAGCUCAGAGGAUGCUACAGCUGCCAGGGAUGGAGCCACACAAACUUCAACAUGCACAUGCUUCUAACAGGGGUGGGGCACAGGGGCUGUGGUUUUACUUUUGGGGUUUUUUUGUCUGUCAUCAUCCUGAAGAGUAGCCCUUGCAGGCAGUGCCCUGCUGUGCCAGCUCGUGUCACUCAGGGGGCACCAGGAUGUGUGGCAGAGCCAAACCUCAGUCCUGGGCUUGAGCCAGCUCUGGGGGUGGAGUGAGAACUCAUUUCACACAGUGCUGAAGAUCAGGCUGUGUAAAAGGAGCAGGAAAGAGCUGCAGAGCAGCACUGCACUGCCUCCACAACUGUGGCCUUUGCCACAUUUAGACACCACCACUUUAAAAAGAAAUUGAAUUUAAAGUAGUGAAACCAUCCCCCCGCAGUGAUUGGCAAGUGCCUUUAAAAGAGCUUUUUAAAGCUAUUUAAAAGUUGCAGCAAAUUCCAGACUAAUAAAUGCUGUAAGAAGUAGUUUGUGUGGGCAAACCAGUCGUAGUGAAGGUGGACCAGCUUGAACUUCUAAGCAAGUUUCAUCUUGCUGGAACACUCAAUCACUAUGCAAACAGUGCUGAGGGGAUGGCUUUGAUUGCAAGAGCUACACAAAAAUCAAAUAAACUGCUGCAAAAAGGCAGGGCAGGAAGGUGUUGGUUUAAGUUAAAGUUGGUUGAAAACCAGUUCACAGCUUAUUCCUCAGUUUAGGCUUUGGAAACACUGGGGAGGAAGUUUGCCUGGCACUAGGAAUAAGUCAUCUAUUAAAGCAAACAAGGAGACACCCUCACUGACCUGAAGUGCUCCAAGACUGUCCUGUGCCUGGAUCUCCAACUGAGCAGCUCAGCUGGAUUCUCCCAGGGUGGAAAAGGGUGGGAAGAAAACAGUGAUAGCCCCAGAGGGCUCAAGUCACCACAGACAGUGCUCUAAUAAAGCUCACCAUUCAUCUGUACUUCAGUAAGUUUUAUUAAUAAAAGACUAAUGCAUCACAAUCUCACCCAGAAGUCUUGCCUGGGUUUGCUAUUGCACUGAAGUUUUCCUUUUCCUGAAGUGAAGCUGCAGCAGCUCUCUGCUCUCCCAGGGGGCUGAGCUGCCUCCAGCACACAGCUGAGUGCACCCAGGGUGAGGAACUGGGAGUGCUGAAAUCCAGGAAGCAGCUCUGGCCCGUGGGGAGCUCGGCUUUGUUUCACAAGACUGAUUAUAGGUAAGUCUAGUAUAAGGCAUUCAAGAUGACUACAUGGUACAAACUAGAACACCAGACCUUGACAGCCAAAAGAACAGUUGUAGCAGUUCCACAACAUGAAAAUGAAUACCUGGACUAAUUUCAGAACGAAGAAUAAAGUUGUUGUGCCCAAUUGGGUGUUGUAUCCCUGGUUUUCUUCGUGGUUUGUCAGGAUGAGCUUGUAGAGGGGCAGCUGUCUCUACAGGAGCAGAUACUUCCUUAGCAAGGUCUCACCUCACAAUGCAUCAUCUAGUUCUGCAUUUUAUUACAAGUAGAAUCAUUACACAACGAAGUAAUGCAUAUUGGAAAAAUACAUUUUUACAACAACUCCAGACAAACAUUGCAGAUAAAAUGCCAUUGUUCUAAGACUUCCUUUUCUAUUUCACAGAGGGUAUUAGAAGAUUCAGUUAUUUCUGUCACUCAUACAAGCUUUGAUUUUUCUAGAGAUGAGUUUGCUGCAGUGACCACCUCUGCUGGUUACAGAAAAAAGAGGACUUGCCUAUUAACAUUUAAUCUACAAAACCAUCCAGCCUUGGCCUCCCAUACUGUUACAUGUUAGUUUAUAAGCACUACAUGAGCAGUUGGACAAGCUGUUAUCUCCAGCACAGGAAGUCAUUAAGGCAUCUGUCAGCUUUUAGCCAGCAACUUAACUCUGCUCUGUCAGUGCCUUCAACAGCAACAUUCUCACUCCACUCAGUGGUGUGAAACAGUGACUGCACCUUUUACAGACAAAAUAUUUCAGCCAGACCACGGUUUGCUUGUGUAAGAGUGCUGGACCAUGGCAUUUGCUUGUGUAAGUGCUGGGUGACUGCAACCAAAAGGAAUCCAGUCUCAGAACAAAAAGCUACAGCAUGAACCACCCGACUUUCCACAACCCUGCUGAAGUGCCUGAAGCCUCGAAGUGUGACAGCACUUCCAGGGACACAAACUGAUGUUCCACCUAACCUUUUGUUCAAUGCUUGGCAGACUUGAGUUAAUACAGACCACUAAAAGCAGGGGUAAGAGGGGUGGGGGGUUUGGUAACAACUGUAUUAUGCUACAAAAAGGGAAGAGCAGUUGUUUAGAGUUAGAAAUGUGUUGACCACCACUACAUUACCAAGUGCCUCAUUCACAUUUGUACCCUGUAGUGGAGCAUUGCCAGCAAAACUCCCAAAAAAUGUCAGUGGUCUGAGAGCUCAGACCAACACUAGGCAGAGUGUGUGAGGGAUUGAGCCCCACCAGUUGUCUGGUGGGGUCAACUCCUCAGCUGAACUAGAAAAGAACUAACGUGGGUUUUGGUUCAAGUUGUGAGCUUUCCCUCUUUAGCUCUGGCAGAAAGCUAUUUAGAGUUGGCUGGAAGGAAACUAUCUCAAAGGCACUUCAAAAGGAUCAAAUUUGCUGAAUUUAGUUACUUUAACAAACACCUCAGGCUGUACAUUUAACAAUAACCUACUUUCCUUUCAGACUUCAGUAAGCUGGGACAGUACUGGCUGUAAACAGCAAACCAGGAGCACUACAGAUGGUUUCCCAGAUCUUUCCCACUGUUUUACAGUUAUAAUCAAUAUCCUGUUUUUUAGAAGAGCAACUACCCAGCCUUAAUUUGCCAUUCAGUUAGGCUGAAUUUUCACCAGAUCCACAUUUUCCAUCGGUGAAAAGCUGACUUAAUCUGUUAGCACUGAGCUCCCUGCUCCCUUGCCCUUACAUCAGAGAAGCCACUGGUAAAGUGAUGUUUAAAUGCUUUGGCAAUUACAUGCUGAGCAGUUCUCCCAUCAGGCUGAAGCCCAUAGGCUGUGGCCUUGGAAAACCCCUCCCCUGCACUGUCUUUCAGCAUUCUGAACCCACCCUUACCCUUCCACUUCACUUCAGCUCCAAACCAAGAAGGAAAACAACAUGCUGCCAUGGGAUUACAGCCAAGACUUCUUUCACCAAAUGCACUUUCUCUGCAUCAUUCUUUCACUGCUAGAGAUCUGCAAUCAGUGGCACCCUGAAGUACCAGUAGUAUAAGGUUUUCCAUCAUCUCUU